CUCAUUGCUUUGGCGCCGUCUGGGGAGCGCGAGCCGCGGGUGGCGCGCGGCGCGUGGUGGCGGCUCCUCCAGGAGCGCAGCCGACCCGCCGACCCGGGCUGCGCUCCCCGUGUCCGGCGCGCCCCGCCGGCCGGCUGGAGGCCGCAGCCGCAGCCGCAGCAGCAGCAGCAGCAGCGGCCGCGGCUGCUCGGCCGCCGUCGCCUCCGCGGGAGCAUGGAGUGCGCCCUGGACGCCCAGAGCCUGAUCAGCAUCUCCCUGCGCAAGAUCCACAGCUCCCGGACCCAGCGCGGCGGCAUCAAGCUGCACAAGAACCUCCUGGUGUCCUACGUGCUCCGCAACGCGCGCCAGCUCUACCUGAGCGAGCGCUACGCCGAGCUCUACCGGCGCCAGCAGCAGCAGCAGCAGCCGCCCCAGCACCAGCACCAGCACCAGCACCAGCACCAGCACCUCGCGUACGCCGCGCCGGGCAUGCCGGCCAGCGCGGCCGACUUCGGCCCGCUCCAACUUGGCGGCGCCGGGGACGCGGAGGCGCGCGAGCCGGCCGCGCGGCACCAGCUGCACCAGCUCCACCAGCUCCACCAGCUGCACCUCCAGCAGCAGCUGCACCAGCACCAGCACCCGGCGCCGAGGGUCUGCGCGGCGGCGGCCGGGGCGCCCGCGGGCGGCGCGGGGGCGCUCGCGGAGCUGCCCGGGUGCGCCGCGCUCCAGCCGCCGCACGGCGCGCCCCACCGCGGGCAGCCCUUGGAGCCGCUGCCGCCCGGUCCCGCGCCGCUGCCGCCGCCCGCGCCCGCCGCGCUCUGCCCGCGGGACCCCCGCGCCCCCGCCGCCUGCCCCGCGCCCGCCGCGCCCCCGGGGGCCGCCCCCCCGGCCGCCGCCGCCGCCGGCUCCCCGCCCUCCCCGGCCCCCGCCUCCUCCCCCGGCUUCUACCGGGCCGCGUACCCGGCCCCCUCGGACUUCGGCGUGCACUGCAGCAGCCAGACCACCGUGCUGGACCUGGACACUCACGUGGUGACCACGGUGGAGAACGGCUAUUUGCACCAGGACUGCUGCGCCUCCGCCCACUGCCCCUGCUGCGGCCAGGGCGCCCCGGGACCCGGCCUGGCGGCCGCCGCCGGCUGCAAGCGCAAGUACUACCCCGGCCAGGAGGAGGAGGGCGGCGAGGACGCGGACGCGGGCGACCUGGGGGCCGAGCCCCCCGGGGGCGCCUCGUUCGCCCCCUGCAAGCGCGCCCGCUUCGAGGACUUCUGCCCGGACGCGGCCCCGGACGCGUCCAACAUCUCAAACUUGAUCUCCAUCUUUGGCUCGGGCUUCUCGGGGCUGGUGAGCCGACAGCCGGACUCCUCGGAGCAGCCGCCGCCGCUCAACGGGCAGCUGUGCGCCAAGCAGGCGCUCGCCAGCCUCGGCGCCUGGACUCGAGCCAUUGUCGCCUUCUAGGGACCCCGAGGGCCCGGGGACCCGGGGCCCGUGGGGCUGGGGCCAGACAAAGACUCGGCCAAGGGGCGAGAGGAGGGGACGAGCGGGCGCCGGGCCACUCGGGCCGCGCCGGGGGCUCGCCGGGGAGGCGGCUGAUGUUUUAUAAAUUGUAAAAUAAAAAAAAAAACAAAUCUAA